AUGUCUGUCUGUCUUUCUUUCUUUCAUUCUUUCUUUCUUUCUUUCUUUUUCUUUCUUUCGUUCAUUCUUUCUUUUUCUUUAUUUAUUUCGUUCUUUCUCUACUUUUCUUUCUUUCGUCCUUUCUUUCUUUUUCUUUCUUUGUUUGUUUGUAUCUUUCUUUCUUUGUUUUAUUCAUUUUUUUCUUUUUUUCUUUCUUUCCUUCUUUAUUUCCUUGUCUUUUCUUUAUGCUUUUCUUCAUCUGUUUCUUUCUUUUUAUUUUCAAUAUUUCGCCACAUCUCUUAUUGUGGUCUGGAUAUUUUCCUUCUUUUUUAUACAUUUCAUUUCGUUCAUUUUCUUCUGUCUUUAUACUUUUGCUUCUUUUUUCUUUAUCUUUCGUGUGACUUUAUAUCUAUCUAUCUAUGUAUCUAUCUAUCUAUCUAUCUAUCUAUCUAUCGCUUUUAUCUAUCUUUUCAUAAUCGUUUUUCUGAUAUAUAUGACUAUAUUUUUACUUCGUACUUUUAUUUGUUUCUUUCUUUCAUUCUUCUUGACAUCGUUUUCUUUCUUUCUUUCCGUUGUUUUAUCUAUUUAUAUCUUUCUCUUCAGUAA